CGUGUCUUUCCUCGUUCCCGUCUUCCAUUUCUGCGAAGAAAAAUAAGAUCGAAGGAAAAAAGGGAAAAGGAAAAGGGGAGAGAGAGGGAGGGAGAGGAAGGUGCUGCGCCCUAGCAAUGGCGGGGUGGUACGAGGAGGCGGCGGGGAUGCUGCUGCGGCGGCCGGCGGUGGCGGAGAUGGCGGUGGACGUGCUGCUGUGCGCGGUGCCGAUCUGGGCGGCCGUCAUGAUCGGCCUCCUCAUCGGCUGGGCGUGGCGCCCGCGCUGGACGGGGCUGCUCUUCCUCGGCUUCCGCAGCCGCCUCAGGAUCCCCCUCUACAUGCCCCCAGGGCUCGGCGCGCGCCGCCUCUGGCUCGCCUGCACCGCGCUCUCCGCCUUCUCCGUCGCGCCGCAGCUGCUCUCCUCCGCCUUCCGCCGCCACGGGAAGAACCAGCACAAGGACGCCUCGCACGAAGAGACGGACGCCCGCGGGGACGCUGGCGCUUGCGCCGACGGCAGGUCAUUUUUUAUGGGCAAGCAUGACAUUGUCACCGAGAAGGACCUAGAACAUCUUGUUCAACUUUUAGAUAAUAAGGAGAGUGGGGAUACAACAUGGCAACAUUUGAUGGAGCGUACCACUUCCAACAUGACGUACAAGGCAUGGCGGCAUGAGCCUGAGGUGGGACCUAUAAUGCAUUGCAGCCAAACCAUUUUCGAGGAUGCUACUCCUGAACUGGUUAGGGAUUUCUUCUGGGACGAUGAUUUUCGUCUGAAGUGGGAUCCCAUGCUCGUGUACUUCAAAACUUUGGAUGAGUUCCCUCAGAAUGGAACCACCAUUAUUCACUGGAUAAAAAAGUUCCCUUUCUUCUGCAGUGACCGUGAAUACAUUUUUGGGCGGCGUAUAUGGGAAUCUGGAAAGGCUUACUUUUGUGUCACAAAGGGAGUUCCUUAUCCAUCUUUGCCCAAGAAGGAAAAACCAAGGCGUGUGGAGUUGUACUUCUCUAGUUGGCGUAUUAGACCUGUUCAAUCGCCCAAGCAAGAUGGCCAGCAACACACCGCAUGUGAAGUAACUCUGGUUCACUACGAGGACAUGGGCAUACCCAAGGAUGUUGCUAAGGUCGGCGUUCGUCACGGCAUGUGGGGUGCUGUUAAAAAGCUGCAGUCCGGAUUUAGAGCAUAUCAGCAAAUGAGAGAUACAGAAAACAUCCUGUCACGCAGUGCCAUCAUGGCUCGGGUGACCACCAAGACAUCCAUUGCCGGUUCCGACAGCCCCUUGGAUCAAGGGCUCUCCAGCACAGAAAAAGCCAGCAACAAGGAUGGCGACUCCAGUGCAGUCCAGCAGGGUUUUGACUGGAAAUGGGUGGUGAUCGGUGGUGCGGUGGCUGCAGUCUGCGUGCUAAACACCGGCAUUGUUGGGAAAGCCCUGCUACUCGGAGCUGCAAGAAGGCAGGCAAAGAAGUAAAGAGCACUUUCCAGCUUCCGCCGGGGAAGAGCAUCAGGGCCACAGACAGGCAUGUGAAAAGCCGCAAUGACGCCAUCCCACUGGCAGGAAGAAGGGAAGAGGGGAAGCGGAUACCGCUCUACAGGAGGCAGAUAAUUAGUGUGCCUGAUAUUGGACCUUGUUUCAUCGCGAAUGUGUGUGCUACCAUAACCGAUUCUGUGGUAUCAGGAAUCGCUAGAUGAUCGAUGUAUCUGAGGAUCUAUGAGUUUUAUCCAAAGUUUUUUGGUGAUGAACUGAUUUCAAGUGCAUAUUUUUGUGA